GGCGGAGUGCGGGCGGCGCUGCUGGUGCUGCUGACCGCCUGCUGCGGGCGGGGAAGCGGUGGCGCAGACGGCACUGGCGGCGGGGGAGGAGGAGGAGGAGGAGGAUCACUUGCUCUCCCUCGCCGCCACGGGGGUGGUGCUGAGCUGCCUGGCCGCCGUGACAUGGCUGGUACUGGAGCUGAGGCAGGGCGUCCUCAUGCUCGCCGUGACUAGCGCGGCCAAGACCACGUCCCUCGUCGCCUUGGAGAGGGUCCCGGCGUCCUGGCGGCCCUACCUGGCCUACCUGCUGGGGCUGCUGGGCAUCCUUCUGGCCGGCUACGCCGAGCGGCUGUGGCCCCCGCGGCGGGCCGCCCCGCUGGCCGAGCGUCCCGCCGCCCCCCCGGCCGCGGACGAAGCCCCGGUGCCCAGGCGGAGGCGGCGGUCCAGCUCCAUGAUCUCCCCCGAGAUGUCGGGCGGCGGCGGCGGUAACAAGACGCACCGGAGGACCUCACUGCCCUGCAUCCCCCGGGAGCAGCUCAUGGGGCAUUCUGAAUGGGAUCACAAACGAGGACCCAGAGGCUCACAGUCUUCUGGCACCAGUAUCACCGUGGAUAUUGCUGUCAUGGGAGAAGCCCACGGGCUCAUCACAGACCUGCUGGCUGACCCUUCGCUGCCCCCCAACGUGUGCACGUCGCUGAGAACAGUGAGCAACCUGCUCAACACACAGUUAACCUUCCAGGCCAUCCACAAGCCAAGGGUGAACCCCUUGGUGUCCUUCAGUGAGAACUACACCUGCUCCGACUCAGAGGAAUGUCCGGAGAAAGGAGAGAAGCUGGCUAUUCCCAAGCGCUUACGGAGAAGUUUGCCCCCAGGGCUGCUGAGACGAGUGUCCUCAACCUGGACCACAACGACAUCAGCCACGGGACUGCCCACCCUGGAGCCAGCUCCAGUGAGGAGGGAUCGCAGUGCCAGCAUCAAACCUCAUGAGUCUUCUUCGUCCAGCUCUGACUCCUGGAACAGCUCCAUCCUGAUGACAAUCACCAAGAGCAGGUCCUUCUCCAGCUCCUACGCCGUGUCCUCCACCAACCACCUGAAUGCCAAAAGACAGAGCAGGCAAGGUAUCCCACCAAAUAUUUCACCUCUCACCUCCCCAUGCCAUUCACCGAUUCAGGGGACGCCUGCCACAAGUCCUACUGGAAAAACAUCUUCUGUGUCAUUUCCAGAGCCUACAGACACUGACACCAAGCAGGGCUUAAAGCCACACAAAGUCUUAACUUCUACUCAGAGUGCACCUACCCUGUCAGACCCUAUUAUCAGCCCCUCCAUUAUCUGCAGCAGCUGUGGCAGACCCUACAACCAAAUAGAAGCUGGUGAUGGGACACUAAAUAGAAAUGAUGGUACUACACACACCCUGAACAAAACAGAUGAUCCUGCUCAAGCCACUUCUGACUAUGAGACCAACAACAGUGACAGCAGUGACAUCGUGCAGAACGAUGACGACACCGAUUGCUCCAAGGAGCAGCCACGGAAGGGAUCCAGCUGUAGGUCCUACACGCCCGAGACCAUCAUCCUGCAGGACAAGCCUGUACUGGCUCCUGAGCCUCUGGUUAUGGACAACUUGGAUCCCCUGAUGGAGCAGCUAAAUAGUUGGAACUUCCCAAUCUUUGAUUUGGUGGAAAAAAUUGGGAAGAAAUGUGGUCGGAUUCUCAGCCAGGUAUCAUACAGGCUUUUUGAAGAUAUGGGGCUGUUUGAAACAUUUAAAAUACCAGUGAAGGAAUUUAUGAACUACUUUCAUGCAUUGGAGUGUGGAUACCGAGAGAUACCUUAUCACAACCGAAUCCACGCCACCGAUGUUCUGCACGCCGUGUGGUACCUCACAACCCAGCCCGUCCCGGGACUGCCAACUGUCAUCAAUGACCACGGGUCAGCAAGUGAUUCAGAUUCUGACAGUGGAAUCACUCACAGCCACAUGGGCUACGUGUUUUCGAAGACGUACACACCUACAGAUGACAGCUAUGGGUGCCUGGCUGGCAACAUCCCUGCCCUGGAGCUGAUGGCUCUUUAUGUAGCUGCAGCCAUGCAUGAUUAUGAUCACCCAGGAAGGACCAAUGCCUUCUUGGUAGCAACGAGUGCUCCUCAGGCAGUGCUGUACAACGACCGCUCCGUGCUGGAGAACCACCACGCGGCUGCAGCCUGGAACCUCUUCAUGUCCAGACCCGAGUACAACUUCCUGGUCAACCUGGACCACCUGGAGUUCAAGCACUUCCGCUUCCUCGUCAUCGAGGCCAUUCUGGCUACUGACCUGAAGAAACACUUCGAUUUCGUUGCCAAAUUCAACGCCAAGGUGAACGACGAUGUUGGAAUUGACUGGACCAACGAGAAUGACCGCUUGCUGGUUUGUCAGAUGUGCAUCAAACUGGCUGACAUCAACGGGCCUGCAAAAUGCAAAGACUUGCACCUGCAGUGGACAGAAGGCAUCGUCAAUGAGUUCUAUGAACAGGGUGAUGAAGAGGCCAGCCUGGGACUGCCAAUCAGUCCCUUCAUGGACCGCUCUGCUCCUCAGCUGGCACACCUCCAGGAAUCCUUCAUCACCCACAUCGUGGGACCACUGUGCAACUCCUAUGACUCAGCAGGGCUGAUGCCAGGAAAAUGGAUAGAGGAUAGUGAUGAAUCAGGAGACACUGAUGAGCAAGAAGAGGAAGAGACAGUAGAAAUGGAAACUUGUGAAAAUGCCGAAUCCAGAAAGAAAAAGUUCAAGAGGAGGAAAAUCUACUGUCAGAUCACUCAGCACCUGCUUCAGAACCACAAGAUGUGGCAGAAAGUGAUUGAAGAUGAGGAGAGGUUAGCUGGGUCCAAGAAGCAAGGCACGGAGCAAUCCCCACUGCACCAAUCUUCAGAACAAAUCCAGGCCAUCAGGGAGGAGGAGGAGGAGAAAGGGAAGGCCAAGAAGGAUGAAGAGGAGAACACGACUGUAGAACCAAACCAAUGA